AUGCUUCAUAAAAUUGUGCGUCUUGUUGCUUAUAGAGUUUCGGGGCUGUGGGUCCGCAAUAGUCUGGGAAGCAUCCCAAAAACCUAUUUGUUGUGGGCCGGCAAAAGUCUGAAAGCAUCCGAGAACUUUUUGGAGUGCAUGGCUAAGGUCUCCCGAGUUCCCUUGGCCCUUCGCACGGAGAGUGCGCUGGCCGCCCGAUGCCUUCACACCACCGUUGCCCGAAAAGACAUUGACAGUGCUGCCAAAUACAUCGGUGCCGGAGCUGCUACCGUAGGUGUCGCAGGAUCCGGAGCUGGUAUCGGAAACGUCUUCGGUGCACUCGUUAUUGGAUACGCCCGAAACCCAUCGUUGAAACAACAACUCUUUUCGUACGCUAUUCUAGGAUUCGCUCUUUCUGAGGCUAUGGGACUCUUCUGCCUCACUAUGGGUUUCAUGAUCUUGUUCGCUCUUUAA